AUGGCGGUGAAUACUUUGUCCACAAGAGGAACAACUAGCCAGGGAAAAGUUGUUUUUGGGUCGUUUGAUGAUAGAGAUACGUUGAUAUGGUUGAAAGACCUUGCGUUGGAACCUUGCAACAAGAAGUCAUCCCAUCAAGGUCAUUGUAAUCAAAUGCUGAAAGUUUGCAAGUUUAUGAAUGCCGGUGCUAAAAGUCCCCAGAAGAAGAGAAAAUUCAACCAGUAUAUGAAUAAUGCUAAAUUCAGUGCUAGCAAAGAAAAGGAAACCAAUCAGCCACACAAGAAGUUCUUACCUUCCAGGGGUAAUAAUCUUCCAAGACUAGUAAUUCCCAUUGGACCUAGGUUUCAAGCCAAAGUUCCAAAGUGGGAAGGAAAAACCAACAUAAGACGUCAUAAUAGCAAUGAUGAUUUGAAGUGGUUGGGCACCCAAAUUUGGCCAAUGUCUGAUUUUACUGAAACCAAUACAAAUGGUAGUUGGAAAGGUAGGCCUGACUCAUGCUACUAUGACUUUCCUAGAUCACUUGAUUGUGUUCAACAACACGUUGAAGCAAAAGAACUGCUAAAAUCAAAGAUUGGUACAACUUGCUCAAGUUUGAAGUUUGAUGAGAUGGGAGAAGAUGUCUCGAAUUCAUGGACAUUGGAAGACCAGAAGAAAUUUGAAUCCCUACUAAAAUUGAAUUCGCCAUCAAAUACACAAAUUUUUGGAAGCUUGCCAUGGAGCACUUUCCAUCCAAAUCUCUGA